AUGGGUUCGGGUGAUUCUCAUCUAGUAUCUCGUUUUAAUAUGACAGCACAAGACAUUGUAAAUGAAUGUGGCGAAAAUAGUAACACUAAAAAUUUACAUAUUCUUGUUACAGGCGCAACAUCUGGUAUUGGUAUUGAAACUGGUCGAACAUUAGCACUUGCCGGAGCAAAAGUUUAUCUAAUGGGUAGAAGUGAAACAAAACUGAAAGACGUUCUUGAAAAUAUAAACAAAGAAUUACAAGAAAAAUCAUCGAAUGGUUCUGUACAAGGUGUUAUUUGUGAUUUGAAUAGUUUAGCUAGUAUUAAACAAUUUGCAGAAAAGUUCAUACAAGAAAACACACCUUUGAAUGUUUUAAUACUUAAUGCUGGUGUAUUUAAUUAUAAUUUCGCUCAAACUGUUGAUGGUCUCGAACAAGUAAUGGGUGUUAAUCAUAUUGCUCAUGCAUAUUUAACACAAUUAUUAAUGCCUACUUUGAUAAGUAAUGCACCAUCAAGAAUUGUUGUACUAUCAUCAAAAUUACAUGUAGGUCCACCUUUAAAUUAUCAAGCUUUGGAUCAUAUGAAUAGUAGAGAAAAUGAUGCAAAAAAAGGUUGGAGUAUGAUGAGAAGUUACCAACAAAGUAAAUUAGCUAAUAUGCUUUUUGCUCGUGCAAUUGCAUCACGAUAUAAUGAUAGAAAAAUUACAGCUUAUUCACUUCAUCCAGGUGUUAUUGCUACAAAUUUAACUUCGCGUAUACCAUUGGCUUCGGUUGUUCAAGUAUUCUAUAAGAAAAAAACGCCAGAACAAGGUGCAGCUACUACGGUUUAUUGUGCAUUAAAGCCUGAUUUAGAAAAUGAAACUGGACGAUAUUUUAAUGAUUCUACUGUUACGAAUUUAGCGGAUAAAUGGACAGAUAAUGAUAUUAAUACAUUUUGGGAAUGGACAGAAAAAGUUAUUCGAGAACGAACAGCUAAUUUAUCAUGA